UCCGCGUGGGUCGGGGGAGGGGCGGGCGGCUCCGGACCUGCCGCCAUGGACGAGGCCUACGACGUGAUCGUGUUGGGCACCGGACUGAGCGAAUGCAUCCUGUCGGGGAUCAUGUCGGUGAACGGGAAGAAGGUUCUGCACAUGGACCGGAACCCCUACUAUGGCGGGGAGAGCUCCUCCAUCACCCCCCUGGAGGAGCUGUAUAAACGCUUUGGGCUCCCCGAGGGGCCCCCUGAGUCCAUGGGGCGCGGCCGGGACUGGAACGUCGACCUGAUCCCCAAAUUCCUCAUGGCCAACGGCCAGCUGGUGAAGAUGCUGCUGUACACGGAGGUGACUCGGUACCUGGACUUCAAGGUGGUGGAGGGGAGCUUCGUCUACAGGGGGGGGCAGGUACACAAGGUGCCCUCCACCGAGACCGAGGCCCUGGCGUCCAAUCUCAUGGGAACGUUCGAGAAGCGCCAGUUCUGGAAGUUCCUCGUCUUCGUGGCCAAUUUUGACGAGAACGAGCCCCAGACGCUGGAGGGGGUCGACCCCCAUGGGACCCCCAUGCGGGACGUGUACAAGCACUUCGAGCUGGGGCAGGACGUGAUGGACUUCACGGGCCACGCGCUGGCCCUGCACCGCACCGACGAUUACCUGGACCAGCCCUGCCUAGAGACCAUUAACCGAAUCAAACUGUACAGCGCGUCACUCGCUCGCUAUGGGAAGAGCCCCUACCUCUACCCGCUCUAUGGGCUGGGGGAGCUGCCCCAGGGGUUCGCCAGGCUCAGCGCGAUCUAUGGAGGCACCUACAUGCUGAACAAGCCCGUGGACGAGAUUGUCAUGGAGAACGGGCGGGUCGUGGGGGUCAGAUCGGAGGGGGAGGUGGCGCGGUGCAAACAGCUGAUCUGCGACCCCAGCUACGUGCCCGAGCGAGUUCGCGGGGCCGGCCGCGUCGUCCGUGUCAUCUGCAUCCUGAGCCACCCGAUCCGUGGGACCAGCGAGGCCGGCUCCUGCCAGAUCAUCCUGCCCCAGAACCAGCUGGGCCGCAAGUCGGAUAUCUACGUCUGUCUGGUUUCCUGGGCCCACAACGUGGCUGCGCCCAGGAAGUUCAUUGCCAUUGUCAGCACCACGGUGGAGACGUCGGAGCCGGAGCGGGAGGUGGAGCCGGCACUGCAGCUUCUGGAGCCCAUCGACCAGAAGUUUGUGGCCAUCAGUGACUUGUAUGAGCCCAUGGAUGAUGGCACAGAAAGCCAGAUUUUCUGCUCCCGGUCGUAUGACGCCACCACCCACUUCGAGACGACCUGUGACGACAUCAAGGACAUUUACCGGCGCAUGGUCGGCGCCGCCUUCGACUUUGAGAGCAUGAAACGGCACCAGAGCCACGUCUUCGGGGAGGAUGAGCAGUGACACCCCCCUGCUGGGGCCAGCUGGGACCUGCCCCCCCCCAGCACAGGGAUCAGCUGUGACUUCUCCCCCAUCUGCACCAGGAUGAGUCCCCCCCCUCCCCCUGGCACAGCUGUGACUCUUCCCCCCAUCCUCUGGGACCAACCCCCCCUACACACACGCACCAAUCCAGUACCUCCCAAAGUACCAGGAACAGCUGUGACCCAUCACCCCCAAAUCCCCCCACCCCACAGCUGCUGCCCCAAGCAGGGACCAAGCCUGGCACUACCCCAACCCCAACCCCCCCCCGGGGGAAGCUCUGUAGGGCAUUUCUAAGGCCUGGGAGACUUCCCCCCCACAUCGGGGAGGGGCGGGGGAGAUGGGUGGGGGUUCACCCCACUCCCCCAAAGCUGGUCAGUUUCCCCUGUCCCAUGUCCGCCCCCCACAUUAGCCAUGUAGGG